GUCGUAUUUUUAGCUCCAGAGCCCCACAUCCGCAUGUGUUUAAUCGAGUGUAUAUAUGGAUUUGUGUGUGUGUGUGUGUGUGUAUGUGUGUGUGUGUGUGUGUGUGUGUGUGUGUGUGUGUGUGUGUGUGUGUGUUUGGAUUAGCGUCUCCAGCGUCUUGCUCAGGGGAAGGUAAUAUGCUUGUCCGAAUGAGGUUCUUCUGUCACAUUCGUGAUUUGAAACUGUGGCGUAAAACUGUAGUCGGGGAGAGAGGGUGAGGGGAAGAGAGAGAGAGAGAGAGAGAGAGAGAGAGAGAGAGCGGGGAUGAGGGAGCGACAGAGCUAGAAGGGGUAGAGUGGAGGGAGGUGGAAAGACACUGUGGGAGAGAGAAUGGGACGGAAUGAAUAAGCGAUCGGCUGCUUCCACUCCCGGCGCCUGCAUCCGGCUUUGAUCUCAUGCAUGUUUCCUCUCCCUCUUAUCUCUGUGUUGUUGUGCUCUGUCCGUGCUCCUUGUUCACACGUUUCCUCCCUUUGUCUCCCCCUUUCCUCCCCCUCGUGCCUCCCGGCGUCCUCGCCUCCGGCGGCUCCGUCCUCCCCCCCCCCCCUCCGCUCCGCUCGCUGCCUCUUCCCCACACGUCCCCACGCAUUAGCCAGUGACCCACUGAACCCCCUUCCCCUUCCACGGGCACCCCCGUCCCCAUGCAUGCACGCACACGCACGCACGUGCACCCGCACACGCACACGCGCAGACCCACGCAGACACGCGUAGAGAGGACACGCAAAACGCGGAGGACUCCACUUCUUGCAAUGGGCAACUCUGUAAAGUCGCUCAAAAUCUUCACCAAGAAGGACCAGAAGAAAAAGUACAAAGCAGUGCAGUCCUGUGAGGAGGGGGGCUCCGGGGGGGCCUACCUCGAGCCGCUAGUGGCCCUGGCCCAGAACGGAGCCAACAUGCACAACGUGCUGGGGCCGGCGUGCAUCUUCCUACGCAAAGGCUUCGCCGAGAGCCGGCAGGCUGAUCGAGAGCUGAGGCCGGAAGAAAUGGACGAGCUGCGUGAGGCGUUCAAGGAGUUCGACAAAGACAAAGACGGGUUCAUCGGCUGCAAGGACCUGGGGAACUGCAUGAGAACCAUGGGAUACAUGCCCACAGAGAUGGAGCUGAUAGAACUGAGCCAGCAGAUCAACAUGAACUUGGGAGGACACGUGGACUUUGAGGACUUUGUCGAACUCAUGGGGCCCAAGCUUCUGGCUGAAACGGCUGACAUGAUUGGGGUGAAGGAGUUGAGGGACGCAUUCAAGGAGUUUGACACAAACGGCGACGGGCAGAUCAGCACGGCCGAGCUCCGAGAAGCCAUGAAGAAGCUCCUGGGACAACAGGUCGGACACAGGGACCUGGAGGACAUCCUGCGGGACAUCGACCUCAACGGGGACGGACACGUGGACUUUGAAGAAUUCGUCCGGAUGAUGUCACGGUGAGUUCGCAGCCGGAAGCGCGUGGACCCGAGGCCACCAGAACCUCUGCUGGGAGUGGACCGGGGAGGGACCGGUACCGGUGGAUCCUCCCCUUGGUGAACUAGCAAACACAAACAUAUCAACCCUGCCUGAAACUGCCAGUGAGACGCUGUCGACUCCACGCUGCUGUUUCUUCUUUUGGACUUUUACAAAGUAUAUUUUAAAAAGUAAAAGGUUUUUAAAAGGUAAAUGGGGUCAACGCACAAACACUAGUCUAUCACGAGCAGCUGUAGCAGCGAAGACGCAGCUUCGACCCCCAGCGCCGACAAACAGACCAAACACAACACGCUGACGAUGUCUUAAGCACAAAUACAAUGGCAAUAAGCAGACCCUGUGUGUGGUUGUGUCAAAGCUGUGCGUUUGUGUUUCGUUGUUCAUAUAAAGUACCGUUGUUUGUCCCAGAGUCGGUAUCUCCUUUAGGAUUUCUGUCGAACCCUGAGUGGGGAAACGUGUAUUUGUCCCGUGUGACGUAGCGUCGAUGCCGUUCUUCUGACUUUAAUAUCUUACUGUGAUGAACUGUGUGUGUGUCAGUCUCUCAGCUGCUCUCACCCACUGUUCGGCCUGUUUCCUUUGACCACUGCCGUAUAUGUUUUACAGAUACUGAAUAUUACAGUAGAUGAGGCCGUGAGAUGAUCCGCGCUGCGUUCAAGUCCAGAUAACACACAGAUUCUGGUGUUGUUUGGUGACAUUCUCACUUUUAAUACCUCAAAGCCAAUGAAGCAAUCCUCCUCCCGGAACUGAUCCUAAAUCUGUUUCUUUAUUACUAAUAAGUGUAAGGAGGCGAUUUUAGCUUCUUUAUGGAAAAAGCCAAAGAAAGUUUACAAAAGUAUCUCAGUGUUUGUGAUUUAAUAGGAUCCAUGGGAUCAGGUUUUCAGGAAGGCUGCUUGAAACGCAGCCCCCUGAAUUAUUGGUUGACUCCUCCUGAGUGGAUACGGCGAAACACUGUAUGCAUGCUAUGAAGUUAAGAUGGUUUUUCUAGGGAGAACUCUUACUUUGUGAUUUGACCUGUCGUCGACUGUGUGAAACUAUGCAUGUUAGAAAAGCAUUUGUAGCAGAAUAUCUAUACAACAUAAAUAAAGGUUUUUAUUCGA